AUGUCCGUGAGAGGCCCACGAGGAGGCCACGGCCGGGGUCGCGGUAGAGGCCGGGGAAGCACCAUGAUUUGGGAGUGGGAGACAUAUCGACCCACUCCCGAUGUAUACGAUAACAUAUGGCACAUCCGGCAGGCCCCAGCCACAGUAGCCCCUCAGCCUCCGAACGAUUGCCCGAUACCAGACGCACGCAGUCGCAUUCUCGAGCGACGGCAGUCAGAAGACGGCUUCGGGCGCAAUUUCUACUUUGUCGAGAUCACCUACCUGGGCGGCCAAGAGCCUACAUCGACGUGGGUGCAGAGCAGCGACAACAGCGAAAGGGGUGGCACCGAGGUUGAGAGAGUUGAUGUGAGUCGCAUACUGCAGUAUGUGUCGCCGAGAGAAUUGGAACGGUUCGAGAACGAGCAGUUCAAGAUCGAGGCUGAGGCCCAGGCUGUCGCAGACAGGGAAGAAGAGGCCGAACAGAUCCAGAAAAGGAUGAAGAAGAAUGCACGCGCGGCCAUGUCAGGGCGAGGAAGAGGCAACCAUACAGUAGACGGGCUGGGCAUAGACCCUGACUUGCAGUCAACAGCUACCAUCAAGGGCCGACCGCGAGGGAGAGGACGGAGUAGGCGAAGAGGAAGAGGUAGCAGCGUCUUGAGUGGUUUACAACGUGAACUGCCACAAGACGCGAUUGUCGAUAGCCAGCCCAGUCAGACAUCCGAUCAAAGGGCAAAAAUGCCAUUCCCGGAAAUUGCAGAGACGGAUGUUGAGUCGAACGAACUCGACUCCGACAUCGGGCUCAAAACGACAUCGCCAAGUUUGAUGCGCUCUGCACUCGUCGCCAACAGCGCUCUUUCGCUCUCACCAGUAUUGCCGAAUAAACCUGCUCCCUCAGCUGCGCUACAGCAAGGUCGUCCCGAGGUUCCAAAUCGUGGAAGCUCGAACAUAACUUCUGAAGACGGCACAGACGGCUUUAUGCCGAGUGCAGCUACGCAACUUCAAUUCGAGGGCGGCUCCAGCGACAUUGCAAUCGCGCUAUCAGAGUCGGUGAGUUCGGACGACGAAGACGCUCAUCGAAGCAAACGACGGAAGACGGAAAGCGUAGCAUCACACCAAGAACUCAUGUUUCCGCCCUCAUCACCCCACCAGCCAUCAGACUCGGCAAGUGAAGACGAUUCUAUACCUCUAGAUCCACCAUCGACCGUCAAAGCGCCCAGAAACAUGGACGUCGAUGAUAUUCAGGCUACGUCUACGGCCGCACUGCCCCUUACCCAUCCUGAAGAGAUCGUCAACACGCCUUCCAGCUCUGGAGAUGAAGAUGCAGAAGAAUACGUCGUCGAAUCCAUCAUCGAACACUACUACGAUGAGGGGCGGAAGUACUACCUCGUCAAGUGGGAAGGCUACGAGGACAGUUACGAAUGGCUGUCCGAAAAAGACCUCGAGGGUGCAGCAGAGGUGGUCAAUGAGUACAAUGAGAAAUUUAGAAGAAGAAAAGGAAAGUCAAAAGUCGAGUAA